ACUUCUAUAAUUAAGGACAUCAUUAUUUUCCCACCACCACCAUUGCUAAUAUGGACGUAAAAUUUGAGGAAACAACCAUAAUUCACCCGUCAACACCGCCUUUCAACGAUGAUCAUGUCCUCUCUCUGUCCCACCUAGACACUGACAUAAACCUCCAUGUCACAUUUCGUUACCUUCGGGUCUACGUAAACGACCCGGAUAACCAAACCCGAGAACGACCCGACCCGUUUCAUGUUGUCACCUCUUCUCUCUCCUCUGCCCUCAUCCAGUACUACCACUACACGGGUAGCCUCAUUCGUCGUGUUCAACACGACGAUCGCCUGGAGCUCCACUGCCAGGCUGGUAGUGGGGCCCCAGUGACACGAGCUGUGGUUGCAUGUACCUUGAGUGAAAUGAACUACCUUGACGACCCAGAUGAGAGUUUCGUCGAAAAGUUGGUACCCGACCCGAGAGGUGAAGAUGCAUUGACCCGACCGUUUAUUCUCCAAGUGACCCGGUUCAAGUGUGGCGGGUGGGUUCUUGGAGCUGCGAUCCAUCACACGUUGUGUGAUGGACUCGGGGCUACUCUUUUUUUUAAUGCAAUGGCGGAACUAGCUCGUGGGGCGAGUCAGGUAAAGCUUGAACCUGUCUGGGCCCGGUCAAGUUUGCUCGGGCCCAGGGACCCGCCCCGAGUCGAGUUCCCGUUUCUUGAGUUUCUAAGUUUGGAUAAAAACUCUUUGCCAUAUAUGGAACCGAGUAAACCUGCGGUUCGAGAGUGUUUUAAAGUGAAGGAUGAAUGGUUGGACCGGCUUAAGGGUUUUUUACGUGAACAGUCCGGUUCAAAUUAUACUACUUUUGAAGCAUUGGGAGCUUUUAUAUGGCGAGCAAGGGUAAUGGCUUCUAAAAUCCCAAGUGAAGAGACAGUCAAAUUUGCAUAUGCAACAAAUAUAAGAAGAACAAUGAAACCACAAUUGCCCCAUGGCUACUGGGGAAAUGGUUGUGUGCCUAUGUAUGUUCAACUCCUUGCACAAGAACUUGUAAAUCAGCCACUGUCAAAAACUGCAGAUUCAAUCAAGAACAGUAAAUUCAACACGACCGAUGAAUACGUUCGAUCGUUCAUUGAUUUCCAGGAGCUGCAUUACCACGAAGGGAUCACGGCAGGUGAAAGGGUGAGUGGUUUCACUGAUUGGAGGCAUUUGGGACAUGCCACUGUUGAUUUUGGAUGGGGUGGUCCAGUGACUGUUUUCCCACUUUCUAGACACUUAGUUGGGAGCAUUGAGCCUUGUUUUUUCUUGCCUUAUUCUUCUGCUAGUGAAGGGAAAAAAGAUGGGUUCAAAGUUUUGGUGUAUUUGCAAGAAGAAGCAAUGGUUGAUUUCAAAAAAGAGAUGGAGAAAUUGGAGCAUAUUAUUGGUCUUUCUAGAUUUUAGUUAUUUGAGGGGUUUGUAAGGAAAUUAAUUAUGUGAUUUUGUUUUAUGAUUUUAAUAUGUAAGGUAGUAUAAGAAAUCAAGAAUGAUCAUCAAA